AUGUUCCUCAGCCUAAUCAAGGGCCUCGAAAAAAAUGAGGCCAAGGAAGACAUAAUCAACGUGAACAUCCAGAAAUUGCUUGGAGACAAAACAUACGAGAAGAGGAAACAGGGCGCCCAGGAAAUCGCUGAGGUGGUCAAACUUCUCCUGCUAAAGGAAAAGGAAGAUGAACAAAUGCAGGUAGAUUACAUACUCAAUGAGUGUGACCAAGAUGGAGGCGUGUCAGAUGAAUACAGCAAUUUUGCGCACAAGGAUGUACACCCAUUUGAGGGGCUCAAUUCGCAGACGGAGGUGGACGUGGUAAACAGUGAACACUACUUUAGGGACUACACCGAGCAGGGGAAGAGAAUCGAUGAGGUUAAUCCAGAGCAGGAGAAAAGAACCGACGAGGUGAAUGCAGAACAGGAGAAAAGAAUCGACAAAGUGACCAUCGGACAGGACAACAACCAUCGGGAAAAAAAAAAAUCCGGAGAAGUGGAGAAGAUGAGCAGCCUGCUGAAAGAGCCAAGCGAAGAGAAACUCCUCCUGGGGUCCGAAAUAAUCAAGAAACUCCUCCUGGAGAAAUACCAAGAGAACUGCAAUAUUGACUCGGCGAUCGGGAAGUCAACGGGUCUGUUUAACGGAAAGUAUGACCGGGGGAUGUCCGCCAUAACGCCCUUAGAGAUGAGCCAAAUAGAAAAAAGAAGAAAAAAAAAAAUGAACAAGUUAGGCAGAUCAAACGGGUUGAGCCAGCUAAGUCAGGUGAACAAAAUAUUGUAUGAACACGACGCUGACAUAGAGAACGUCGCGAAUAAAUACCAAAACAAGAAAGUGAUCAGCAUAAUAAAUUUUUUGAAGGAAAAAUUUGUCCAAAGCAUAAACCCCGCGGAAAGGUGUGGAGGACUCAUAGCCUUGGCCUUCAUCUCGAUCACGGUAGAUACACAAAUAAAAUUUUACUUCUCUGCCAUCUUGAAGUUAAUCGUAUCAUGCCUAAGUGACCCGGAUUCCAAAGUCAGAUAUUAUGUGUGUGAAAGUCUCUACAAUCUUUGCAAAGUGUCCAAAAGUGUCGUUUUUUAUCAUAUCGAAGAUAUUUUUGAUUGUCUCUUUCGUAUCUUUUCCGAUUCUUGUCCAAAUGUCAAAAGUGGAGGAGCCUUCCUUGACAAUUUAUUAAAAGACCUGACUUGUUCAUACAAUAAUGUUUUUAAUAUUUACAAAAUUAUUUUCAUUUUGAAAGAAAGGAUUGGCAUAGAAAAUUCAAACGCGAGACAGGUUAUCCUAUCUUGGCUUCUUCUCUUUCAGAACAUCAAAACAGUUAACUUAUUUGAGUAUUUCCAUUUCUUCAUUAGUGAUCUUUUUUUUAUGUUGGCAGAUCAGAACAGAGAUAUUCAAAGACAAGCAAAUCAAUGUCUCGAUUUAUAUGUAGAUCAAAUUAUCACUUCAAAUUAUGAACAAGUCAGGUCAUUUUUUAAACACAUUGCUUUUAUUUUUCUUGAGUUUUGUAUUCACAAAAACACGAUUAUAAAACAUAAAUGUCUACUUUGGCUUUAUCAUUUUAUUCAAAUUUUAAAUGUCCAUUUUUAUGACAUUUAUAGAAAUGCAAAGAAAAAUAAUUUCUUCAUUUGCGAGUUGAUUAAAAGAAUCAUCGCCUGCACAGCUCAUCUGCAUUUUGAUAUCCACUACACUGCUAGGAAGUGUAGUGAGCUUCUGAUCAGUUUUAUUAAAUUUUCGGAGAUGAAGUGCGCUCCUCUUUUGACAAGGCUCGUGUGUUCCAUUAUAUGCAGCACACUCAGUAAGGUGGAGCUCUCUGGUCGGACUGAAGUCAGCCACACGGGCGAAGCGGGAGCGACAAACCGAACGGGAGACGCCAGGCACUCUGUGGAGGCCCAUCCCGCGAGCGAAGCAAACUCACCACGAGAAAUCAACCAGAGCAGGAGCAAAUCGCUCCAGGUGAGAAGGCGCGCCAAAGGGGGUGCUGAGCACUCCCCGCAGAGGAGAAGUCAACCAGGGAGUGAUCACACCCUGGAGGGGAGGGGAGAGCCAGGGAAGGACCCCACUCGCCAGAGACAGCCACCGGGGUGCGAACCGAGCAGGAGCGAAUCGGGGGAGGGCAGCGUAUCCGGCAAGCCAGAUGAGGCAGAUAAAGCGGAUAAAGCAGAUUGUGCAGACGAGGCAGACGGAGCAGACAUUGCAGACGACCCCCUGUUGCCAGAAGGGGCGCGUGGUGUAGGAAGCGACGCCUUCAGCUACGAGUCGUACAACCUGUUUUACCAGGAGGGGGACUCCUCCGACGAGGGGAGAAGCAAAGAGGGCGUCCCUGUGACGGAGAGUGGCCAGGAAGGGGUGCGGGCGGACGCGACCCCCAAUUGCGUCGAUGGCGAAGGCAUCCAGACGGACGAGCAGCAAAGGGGGGAGCAGCAGCAGAUGGAGAAGCAGCACCAUAAGGAGAAGAAGCAGAAUAAUGAGAAGCAGCCGCAUAAGGAGAAGCAGAGUAAUGAGAGGCAGCCGCAUAAGGAGAAGCAGAGUAAUGAGAGGCAGCCGCAUAAGGAGGAGGAUGGUGAGGCCCCUCCCCGGCAAAACAAUUACAACGCCAAGUUCCUGAAGAAGCACGAAAGGUUGAUGAGCGAACUGAGGGGGAAGAAAAUUCCCCUGCUGGAUCCUCUGAAGACGGAGGCAUACUACAUUAGGAAGCUCGCCAAGAGGGGGAGCCCCCACGGGUACGUCAGCGAGGGGGAGGGCCCAGGUGCAGUGAAGGAGGCAGUCAAGGUGGCAGUUAGAGGUUCAGUCAGAAGUUCAGGCGAGGGUGCAGUGAGAGGGUCCGGCGCAGACGGAGAGGCGCACCUAAGCGGUGGUGUAAACGGGAAGGGAGCUGCAAGCCGCCGCGUUGACCCCCCCUCGGACAUUGAGGAAGACAUUUUCCAGGACAACCUGGACAAGCGAAGCAUAUACCCAGUGAUCAUCUGUCUUCAGUGGCUGAUAGAAAUGCUUAUGUACAAAAAUGAAGUCAUAAAAAAACAUUACGAUGAAAUAAUCACCUGUGUGUUUAAGUGUCUCCGAAACAACGACAAGCAGGUGGUACUACUCUCGCUAACGGUUCUUUCCGCUAUGUGUUCUACCGUGGAAAAUAAGUUCCAUUUCUACGAGCAAGUCAGUAACAGUUUGAUUGCUCUCUUUCGAAACGAUGACCACCUUCUAAUUCACAAGGGGAAAAUCAUCGUCCAGCACAUAUCACGCUGCCUCAACAACAAGAAGUUUUUUGCUUACCUCUGCUACUCUCUAAUCAGUGAAGAGAAGAUACCCUUUGUCACGAAAUUUAUUCAGGUGUUAAGUUGGGUGCUUCUAACAUCAGAGGAGACUAAGUACUUACGAAAUGCCCUCUUUCUGAAGAAACACUAUUCUUUGUUCUCUCUCAUUUUGAUUGCCUGGCUGAGGAACCCAAUUUCUGCCAUUUCGUUCCUUCUAUGGUUGCAGAAAUAUAAGCUGGCUUACCUCAUCUGCUCGUACUUGUCCUUAUUGAACCUCAAUUCGGACUUCUUUCAUCAGUUGGAUAAUUUAAUCUUCCUUCUGGAGUCUCCCAUUUUUGCUAAACAGAGGAUCCACCUUGUUUACCCUCAGAAUUACCCCUUUUUAAUUAAGUCCCUCAUGAUACUCUCCUUGAUGCUUCCUCUGAACACCUCCAAUAAUAUCUUGCAGAAGAGGCUCCAGAUCUCACAGCUCUCUAUUUUGACCAACGGUCAGAAGGUCCCGCAUUUUCUCGACGCUCACAACCACAACGGGUUGCUCCACGGGGAGGAAAUUACCACCAUGAAGGGAAAAAGCCAACCCGGUGAGGACGAUAAGAAGGGGGAGAUGGACCGGAACGGUCAACGCGGCCAAGACGGUCAACGCGAUAAACGCGGCGAGGAUAGCCGACCCGGCCAACCCGGCCAGCAGGAGCCGCUCCCCCUAAACCUAGCCGAGGAGCAGGAUUCCCCCCAAACAGACCAAAUCAUCGAAUUGCUCAAAAUGGAAGACGAAGAAGAGAAAAAAGAAUAUAGCCUUAUCGAACUUACCAAGGAGGAAAAGUCCAAAGAAGCGGCCAAGUGGAAGGACAAAUAUAAUUACCUUCUCAGUGCCGUGCGGCAGAAGCUAGUCUCCCAGGGGUUGCCAGACGAGGCGGCUGACGAGUGCACUGAAUUUGUGAACAUCUUCAGGACGGUUCUCCGCUCCAGCCACAUUGUUAAAUAUUACGUCUAG